UUCAGUGACGUAACCAGAAGACGACGUUUCCGUAGCAACUGGGGCCGGAGCUGCAGCUACUGCUGUACUAACGGAGCUCAUCGAGGAGCGGGGGGGAUUGUCGUCGGUAACCGGAUACCUCCUCUGUCUUGUGGGGCGUAGAGGCACGGGGUGACGCAGUAUCGAGGCGGCGAGCCCGCAGUUCCGUGCGGAGAUGCUGAAUAUGUGGAAAGUCAGAGAGCUGGUGGACAAAGCCACCAAUGUGGUGAUGAACUACUCAGAGAUCGAGUCCAAGGUGAGAGAGGCCACCAAUGACGACCCCUGGGGACCCUCCGGACAACUAAUGGGAGAAAUAGCCAAAUCUACCUUUAUGUAUGAGCAAUUUCCAGAGGUGAUGAAUAUGCUGUGGACCAGGAUGCUGAAAGACAACAAGAAGAACUGGAGGCGAGUCUAUAAGGCUUUACUGCUGCUUGCCUAUCUGAUCAGGAAUGGCUCUGAAAGAGUCGUCACCAGUGCCCGAGAACACAUCUAUGACCUGCGAUCUCUAGAAAACUACCACUUCAUUGAUGAGAAUGGUAAGGAUCAGGGAAUCAAUGUGCGUCAGAAGGUGAAGGAGAUGGUGGAGUUUGUCCAGGACGAUGACAGACUGAGAGAGGAGAGAAAGAAAGCCAAGAAGAACAAAGACAAAUACAUUGGAGUCUCCUCCGACAGUAUGGGUGGAGGAGGAGGAGGAAGCAUUAAGAACUCUAAUGAGUUGGAUCGGAGUAAGUGGGAUGAGGACUGGGACAAGAGCAAAGGAGCUUUCCCCUUUAGUGAGAAGCUCGGAGAGAUCAGUGACAAGAUAGGCAGCACCAUCGACGACACGCUCAACAAGUUCCGAAAGAAGGAACGAGACGACUCACCAGACAGAAUCAGUGACAAUGAGGAGGACAGAGCAUCGAGAAAUGGUAGGCAGGAAACCCUUGAGUUCAAAGAUGAAGAAGAAACUGUCACGACGAAGAGCAUCCAGAUCACACAAGCAACAGAAACCACAACCACGACAACACGGAAACGCAGCGGAGCCACAAGCAGCAAGACACUGGACCUGGGUGCUGCAGCUCACUACACUGGAGACAAGAGCCCGGAGGACAUGUCAUCAGUCAGGCAGUCGUCCAGUAGCGGACUAGCUGACCUGCUAGUGAUUGACACUUCAUCCAAUCAGGGAACUACAACGGGUGGAAGUUCAGACCUCAUUGGUGGCUUUGCUGACUUCUCCUCUCCUGCGGCCUCUGCCAGCCUCCCAACCUCCACUGCUGCUGCAUCAUCCAAUGGAAAUGGAGAAUUUGGAGACUGGAAUGCCUUCUCAGCUAAUCCACCAGCUACGUCUAGCUCUGUUCCCUCCCAGCCUGUCACUGACCUUUUUGGCGGCGUCCAGUCACCCUCAGCCUCUAAUCCCACCGCUGUCCCACCUUCUGCCGAGCUCUUUGACCUGAUGGGUGGAGUUAACCAUCAAUUAACCAAUCCACAUACAACACUGAGUGCCUCUCAGAGCAUGACUUUCUCUUUGGGAGGGGCGACGCCAGGAGUUUCUGUUGCUAUGCCUACUUUGCCACUUUCUCGCUCUCAACAGAGCUUGGGUGGCAUGACAUCCCAGCAGGCCAUAGCACAACAGCAGAAGGUCGGUGGCGUUGGAGGUCAGGGAUCGUUGGGGUCAACCUGGUCUGACCCCUCUGUCAACAUCAGCCUUGACUUCCUAUCAGCAGGCCUCAACCCCAUCAAGACACCACCCACACUCAACAAUAUCAUCCAGCAACAAGGAGUGCCUCCCGUCAACUUGUUGGCCCAGAACUUCGGAGGACUGAACCUCAGCUCCCCACCCCACGUGACACCCAUCAGACCACCAGCCAAUCCCAUGAUGGCGGGCAAUGCCAUGACGAUGGGCAUGCCUACGUCGAUGGCGACUGGCAUGCCUGCUUCCUUGGCAGCGAAUAUGCCCCCUUCAAUGACAACGGGUACCAUGGGGAUGGGAGGAAUUCCUGUAAACCAAGGCAUGAUGGGAAUGAACAUGAGCAUGAAUAUGGGCAUGGCCACUCCAGUGAUGAUGGGUGGUAUGGCUGGCAUGGGAGUGCCGGGAGUAGGGAUGGGCCUGACGCACUCCAUCACCCCAGCCGUGGUUCCACCCAAACAAGAUGCCUUCGCUAACUUUGGCAGUUUUGGGAAAUGAAGGAGUAAAAGUGUGUGUGUGUGUGUGUGUGUGUGUGUGUGUGUGUGUGUGUGUGUGUGUGUGUGUGUGAGUGUGUGAAGGGGAGAGAAAGUGUCUGAUGAUUUGAGUGUGAACCACUGAAGGACUGCUGUACUUGAAGACAACCUUGCAUGUUUCUCUUUCUGCUUCUGCUCUCUUUGGCACCAGUGAUCGUUGAUCACGAUCUUGAAGGUGGGGGAGAGCGCCCACUGGUGCCCCUGACACACUGCUAAUUUGAUGACAGAGGACACCACAAAAGCAGGGAGGGUGAAAACCCUCAGCCUCUAGUCAUUACUUUCCUGUGGGAAACCUGGUUUUAUAGAUGAACUACACUGUAGACUGAGAUGUUUUCUAUCAUUUCAGCCAGAAUCAACCGCAAAAUUUAAGCCAUUACAUUAUUGCCCAGGCAUGACUUUUACUUCCUCUUACUUCUUGUGCAAACACUUACAAUGUCUGGAGUUGACAGAAUUCACAAUAUAGUCCCCCUGCAGAGGGAAGGAUGGGUGUAUGUGUUGAGAAUAUGGUCAUACUUAUUCGUGCCAUAUUAGGGUGAAGGAUUUGGAUAUUACACCCUUCUUCUCUGUUUCCCCUCUCCCCUUCCGAUCAGGCUCACGGCAGCUCAAGGUCACUCACUGUUUAAAGUGAUGUUUGUCAUCUCCUUUCCAUUUUUUCAUUUUGUCAGGUUCAUGCUCAGUGAGAGGGACAGUCAGUAUUUUCUUCAGUAUGAUUCACUGUCCCUUUUAUUUCUGACUUACAUACAUCUAUUGUGUCUAUUCUACUUUCAUAUACUGAUUAUGAAUAGGAACGAAUAGGUACGGAAUAAUGUUUUUUAAAGAGUAUUUUCUGGCUGUGGGAAAAGAUUAAAAAUCACAAUCCUUUAAGUUUCCUCUAUGUUUAAGUCACUGACAACCCAGCAAUGUACCUUUUGAUUACAAAGUUGUUUUGCCAGCAAACAUUUUUCACCCUGCCGCUCACUUUGGGCUCUCUUGGUGCGUGGCUUGCAUAUCUUGUGCCCCCCAAACUGAAGCACAUUAAUUUUUCAUAUGGAUUAGAUAAAUCAGAGGAUUUUCUUUCACUGGUUGAGUUUUAAUAAACGAUUUCUACAGCUAGCUGAGAUCAAUCUGAAGGGUUUUCGCAGUCUCAAGUGAAAUGUUUGUCUGGGAAAAGAGUGAAUGAGUGUGUGUGACUUUAUGUAUGGGUAUAGUUUUCUCUGUUUGAUGUGCAAACACAGCUAAGCAGAGCCUUUUGUCAUUUUCUGAGGCACUGCACUCCAAAUGACCAAAUCUUUAUUUUGUUACUCUCAGAAGAAUGAUUCCAUAGCUGUUAGUUUUUAUCAGUUUUAUUUUAUUAGUUUUAAGUUAAUGUUCAUAUGGGAGAGCUACUGCACUAAAAACAUUGUUUAGUUGACAAGAAUCAUUAUUUUGUUUUCUCUUUGGGUACAGCUUGUUUUAUUUGAUUGUACUCUAUUUUCUGUACUUCGUUCAACAUGAAAUUAAAUUAUAACAUUAAA